AUGUCCCGCCAACGGGGUGCUCUCGGGCCGUUCCAGGGGCUGAUGGUCUGGCUCCUGGUCGCCCAGAUCCAGAUUUUCAUGGUCCUUUCCAAGCCUACUUUGGCCCAGCACGCAACCUCGUCUAUCCUAGACGAUGCCAACCGAACUGUACCAGAUUAUAUCACACGCUAUGCGCCCCUCGUCUGGCUACAUUCAGAAGACCCAUUCCGACCAUCAGACAUCCUUGAGCAUGUCCGCCGCACGGCACCUACUGUUAACGAAAAGCCCGUAUCUGGCUUGCCGGCUCUCGACCUAGACAAUUUAGACUUACUCAACAAUGUUGAUGUGGAAUCCAAACAAGUCGUCGCGCUUACUUCCAACGACGACAUCACAGCCCUACCGGCAUGGCUCUACGGAGAGACACCAGAUGAGAUGGGGAGGAUCUCCAACGCGACAGCCUGUGCCGUCAUUAUUGUUGAACAGGGUCCCCGUGAUGUCGAUGUGUUCUACUUCUACUUCUAUUCAUACGAUCGAGGAGCAAAUAUCUCGCAAGUCCUAGAGCCGCUGAACAGCUUCGCAAUGGGCAUGGCCGAUGGAAUGCACUAUGGGUGCCAUGUCGGCGACUGGGAACACAACAUGGUUCGUUUUCGCGAUGGAAAACCCACUGGCAUUUAUUACAGUCAGCACUCGAGCGGUGCUGCCUAUGAAUGGAAUGAUACGCGCCUUUCGUUGGAGGACGAGCGGCCUCUCGUCUACAGCGCAUACGGCUCUCACGCAAAUUUCGCAUCUUCGGGCGACCACGUUCAUGACAGUGUCUUGCUAGACUUCUGCGAUGCUGGCCAGCUCUGGGACCCCGUUUCAUCGGCAUACUUCUAUCACAUGGACCCUACCAGUUUCAAGCUGACCCGCCUGUUUACCCCCGAAUCCACCUCGCCUCACGAUUCGAACCUCACCUCCUUUUUCUACUUCAAUGGCAUCUGGGGUGAUACCCAAUAUGCCGGUGACGACCCUCGCCAGAGGACAGUUCCCGUCUUUGGCCUCAAGCGCUACGUCUCAGGUCCGCAAGGUCCAAUCUUCAAGGGACUCGUACGGAAAGGACUAUUUCCUGACAACCCCGAGGCCAAGAAGUUUAUACAGGUGGCUGUUGGGUUCUUGAUGUCAUGGUACCCGUGCUGUCUACGUGGAUGGAGAUUCGUGGCAUCUUUGACGGUGAUGGUUGCGUGCAUCACGUUAAUGGUCGUGGGGAUAAGCGAUGAUGGUCGAAAAUGA